GCGUUUUUAGUCUUGCGGUAACUUUUAGUUUAAAUCCCUCUAUUGCUUAUAACGCAAAAUCAAGAAUUUUAGAUAAAAAAGAUCAAUUGAGUUUAUGAGACCACGAAUUCACAUUCCCUACCUUUUUGUGGCAGUCUUUGCAACUUUUGAAAUUUAUCAUUUGUUUUUGAUAUAAAUGAUCUUUUACUUCGCAGAAACAGCAGGUUAGUCUAAACGUAGGCCACUCGUUCUUUCGAAAUGUUAAGAAAAACAUGAAGUCCCCGACGGCUUAGAAACCCGAAAAUCACGAGUUUGUGGUAAUUUGUACUCUUUAGUGAGUUUAGUGAGCUUCUUUAUAGGAAUUAAUAAAACCAAUGUAAAUUUAAGCGCAUUCGCUUUUAUAGUAAAUCAUCAUAGUUGAACAUUCGCCAUGACAGACGGUUAAUUUAUUGAAUUUUCUAAAUUGCUACUUUAUACUUUUUUAGAUGAUAUUUAGGCACUAUAUAUAUAAUGAUUGUUGGCUCUUAAAGCCAUAUAAUGAUUAGGAAAUUUUUUAUUGAUUCCCGAUAAAAAGGCGAGUGAAUGAGUGAUGUAGAAAGACACAAAAAUGUUUCAAAAUUCACUUUUGUGUUUCAUUUAUCGUUUCCGGGUAACGUAAUCCCAAAUGUAGAGUUCCACGAGAUUCGGUAUUUCCAAUGAACCUCAAUUUUUGGGCAAAAAAUCCAAGCAAAAAGGUUCUUCAGUAUGUAGCCGGUAGCCGCUUCAACCUUGUAGAUUUAAAAAAGUUUCUAAUUUGCCGCUUUUCCUAAGACUUUUAUCUUCAAAGUAAAUUACUUGGAUAUUUUCUAAAUUUUAUGAUAUUUGGCUCUAUUGCUUGUGGAAACUUUCUGCACUUAUAUCGAAUAAUUCUUUGCGCUAGCGCAUUUCGCCUGCUGCCAAAGUUGUCCUCAUUUCCUUUAUAAUUCGCAAACUGGUAGCAAAGUAGCACAACUUUUAUGUUUUUUAACCCCAAGCAAGUUAAACCCGGUGAAAAAUCGGAAAACUAAUUGCGCUUCCAUUCCAUUUGAUUCUGUGUGACUCCAUUUAUACAGGAGCGAUUUUAACACUAAUCUGCAAGUGCAGUGUUGUGUUUGGCAACGCCGUAACCCACCCUUUUCAGGGAUUCUUGGCGCAUUGACGAGGGUGGCCUCAUUGAGCUUCCACAAUGAGGAAACCGGGUCAAAAAGUGUGAAGCGCUGAUUUUCGUGUGCCACCAAAUGUCUUAGCUCAGAACAAUGAGGAGCUCCAGCUCUGAACUGCUCCUAGACCAACAAGAGGAGCUCAGAAAACGCAAGAUAAAGGAGCUGGCCCUGGCAAAGAAAGCUCAGUCACGGCAGCCGGGCACAAGAAGCUGUCGUGAACAAGCUUUAUUCUAUGCCACAAGCCUACUAGCGGUGCUGGCCAUGGCUGCGGGUUCUUCACUACUCUUUCUCGUACCACUCUACGUAGAUCCAGCCAUCUCUACACUGGCUAGUGAUUUCGUAACGGAACCUGUUACAUGCGUCACCACUAGGGUUGAUCAGCUUGCUGGUCUUGCUAACUGUUCGUGGAGUUCGUGCAGAGAAGGAUGCACGAGUGAUGCUUAUCACUGUACGCAUAUUUAUGUUGCUUACAAUGGAACAGUACCAGGUCUGAACAACACGGAAGAUGCAGUAUUGCUGGUAAAUAUAAAAGGCUGUGGAUAUCCGCCAAAAAUUAGAUGCGCCAAUUUUACUGAUACCUUCGGAGAGGAAGGAAUUGCGUUCCCUUGUUACCCUUCAAAGGAAAAUGGUACCGUGGUUCUGACCCACUACGUCAAAGACGAACAGAUCGCGAUAAUUAUCCAUUAUUUUGCUGUUCCGUUUGUGGUCACAUUGGCUACAUCUGUGGCAUUGUGUGUUAUGCAUUGUGACUGCACUUGUACCCCAGCUCGUCGUCGUACUAUCAGAUCCCGUAGGCCCGCAAGAAUGCAAUUAAGGCCUGAUUAUAGCGACGGGUCCCUAAGCAUCGGGCUGCAGCCUGCAUUUUCCUAAGUUGAAGAUAGCAUGUCUACUGGUUGCUGCAGUUUAACUGGACCUUGUAGCAUACAAAUUCUUGGAAUCCUAUCACUCCCUAUAAACCCCCACCGUUGUUAGGGUAGGUAGCGGUAAUAUACAUAUUUGUAACCUGAUAUUAAUUGAUAAAUUAAUAUAUUUUUCAAAAGUAGUGUAAAUAAAUUGUUUUGGCAUGGCUUGCUAUAUAGACGCUAUGGUCAAGUCUGGCAGCAUUUUAAAGAAUUUGAUUGCAAUGCUUAACGGAUAAUUCAUAUCAGCUGUAAGUAGCAGUGAAAUCCUUACACUGGAUAGUGAUUCUAUAUAGUUGGCCACUCUGUACUUUAUCAGACUAUGAAGGCUUUCACGGCCGGUUAAAUCACAUUUCGGAAUGUUUU